UCUCUCUCUCUGCAUCUCUUUCUCCCUCUAUAAGGUUAAAAUCCCUUAUUAAUCACUCUCUCUCUCUCUAUGAUCCCCACCUUUUAUUAUUCCACAUCGUUGAAAUCUUCAGGAUCCUCUCUCUCUUUCAUAUUUUUGGGACGUUUGGAAAUAUUUUGGGGAUUUGGGUGGAAAAUCGGGUCGGAUCUUCUCGCUUUCUGUUGAGUGGGAUCUUAUGGCUGGUGUCUCUAUUUUUAGCCCAUAAUCAGGCAUCCAUUCCUCCUUAAAAACCUCCUCUAACCGUUCCCCAUUUCACACGCACUCUUUCUCCCUCUAAACCAUAUACCCAUUGAGCUUUUCAUGUCUCUCUGUUCUCUUUCUGAAUAAGGAGCUGAAGGAGAAGCUUUUGUUUGACCCAUCAAGUUUUUGUAUUUGUCUUGUGUUUUCUCUCUCUAAAGGAUUUUGUGUUUUCUCCCUCUAGAGAAUAUAGAGGGCAUGGCUAGACCAGAAACCCAGUUCCAAGAAACCCAAUUCCAUGUUCUUGCUGUUGAUGAUAGCCUUAUUGACAGGAAACUUAUUGAAAAGCUUCUCAAAACUUCAUCCUAUCAAGUGACUACUGUGGAUUCUGGAAGCAAAGCUUUGGAGUAUUUGGGUUUACAGGACAACCAACAAGACCCUGCUCUCUGUCCAAAUCAAAAUGAAGUGGAAGUGAAUUUGAUAAUCACGGAUUAUUGUAUGCCUGGAAUGACUGGCUAUGACCUCCUCAAAAAAAUAAAGGAAUCAUCAUAUUUGAAAAACAUACCAGUUGUGAUCAUGUCAUCAGAGAAUGUGCCUUCCAGAAUCACCAGGUGCUUGGAAGAAGGGGCAGAAGAAUUUUUCCUGAAACCGGUUCAGCUCUCCGACAUGAUCAAGCUUAAACCCCAUCUCAUGAAAUCAGCGAAAUCCAUUAAUCCCACCACUCUCUCUCCUCAAAAAUCAAGCAGUAACCCCAACAAAAGGAAGCCCAACGCCAUGUCCACCGAGUCCGCCCCUCUCUCUCCUCAGAGGAGAAGACCAAGAUACAAUGGCUUGACUGUCUCUGUGUGACAGUACUUUCUCUCUCUACAUGGGCAUAAACCUACAGCUAUUACUUUUAGAGAGAAGGAGCAGAGUAAAGGAGAAGGCCUUUAAGAGAGAGAGAGAGAGUUGAGGCUCUCUGCAAGAAGGAAGAAAAUGGUUUCCAUCGAUCUCUAUCUAGAUUCUAGAGGGAGAGAGAGUGAGUUAAAGAACGCCUUCUCUCUAGAGAGAGAAAACUCAAGACAGUUGAGGGACAAAGCCUAACAGAGUUGAGAAAGCAACAUGAUCUCUCUCUAAAGGGACAAAGUCUAAUAGAUUUGUGGAAGCAGCAUGCUUUCUCUCUCUAACAUGCUCUCUCUCUCUAGAUGUCCAUUUUCAAUUUAGAAAGACAGAGCUCUCACUCUAGAUGACCAUCCUCUCUCUAAAGGCAAAGCUUGAGAGACAAGAGUCUUUCUUUCUCUCUCUAGAAAGGCAUGGUCUCUUUCUGUAGAACCAAAUUUUUUUUUUUUUUGGAGCAAAAUACCCAUGGUGAUGGGUAAUCUGUAUACCAUAUGUACAGAACAAAAAAAAAAAAAACCUCUAAUUCGUUUCAAUUUUGCUGGAAACCUUAAUAAUAUUGGAGAGAAAUUUUUAAGA